CGAAACACCAUAUCCAUAGGCUCUGCUCUGGCAGUUAGAGAGAGAGAGAGAAAAAAAAAAAGGGAGAGGCUGAGCAAAAUUGAAAGGAUCGAAAAUGGGAAGAUCGGCAGCAACUUGCUUCAAGAUGCUCACUUGUGCUAGAACUGAUUCUACUGAAAGUGAUGGAUUUGAAGCUCCUGAGUCCAAGUGUUCUAGUGAUCAGAGGGGAUGGAGUUUCGUGAAAAGAUCUAAAAGGCAUCGUGUUUUGAGUAACACAUUGACGAUCUCAGAAACACUAUCUGGAAUCAAAGACAGCCCAGCAGCAGCAGUCAUAAACUCCCAAAUACAACCUGACGCCUCUAUUCCAACCAAGUCCUCCACAGAACAACUUAACCCUAAUUUUCCAGAAAAGAAUUCGACUGAACUACCAUCUGGUGUUGCAGACAAGAUCAAUGCCAAAGAACCUGUUGAGUGUACAGAUGAGAAACCCCAGUCUCCACCAUCAAUGGAUGACAAAUCAUUGGAAACUGUUGCUAGUGAAGUAAAUGGUUAUAAAAUUGAGCCAAUCAUGAAGGAGUCAGAUAUUAUUGUGAUCCAGACUUCUAUCAGAGGGUUUCUGGCUCAAAUCUCACUGUUGAAGCAUAAGAAUGCAAUCAAACUACAAGCUGCAAUUCGUGGACUAGUAGUUAGGAGGCAAGCUGCGGGAACUCUACGGUGUAUUCAAGCCAUUGUUAAAAUGCAAGCUCUUGUUAGAGCUCGCCGUGGCCAUAAAUCUUCAAAUGGGGAAACCCAAAUUUCUAGCAAGAAGUUAGAAAGCUCUUACCUUUCCAUCGAAAAAUUACUAAGCAAUAGGUUUGCUCGUCAGCUUCUGGAGUCUUCAUCUUCAAGGGCAAAAACUAUAGGUAUCAAGUGUGAUCCUUCAAAACCAGACUCAGCAUGGGUGUGGUUAGAGAGAUGGAUGUUUGUCUCCACAGGGUUGUCCCCAAGUUCACAAACGACUACAGAACAGGUGGAGAAGAAGAAAGAUAUUGAUCACUUAUUAGACAACAGCCUUCUGGAAGAAGCCGCCGUAAUUCAAUCUGAGAGUAAGACCGUUGAAUCAAGUUUAGAGGCAUCAGAAGAAAAUGACUAUUUCCCUAUUAAGACUGAAACUGAGCAUGGGGAUGAGCAUAAUUUAUUUUUUGGAUCUGAAGAGGAAAGUAGUAUUCCUGUAUUUAUUGCGGCUCAGUCCAAUUUUGAAGAACGAAGUUUACUGGCCAGCUCAGCAGGAAACCCAACCAAUUUGUCCAGUCAAGAGACUGAAACCAAGCAUUUAAACGAGAGUUCAGUCAGUGUACAGGAAAUGAAGGAUUUAACAGAGAAUUCAACUGGUUUACAUGAAACAGAGCAUUUAACCGAGAAUUUUACUGGUUUACACACUCCCGUUCUUGUAGUUGCAGGAUCUGAAUGCAGCACUGAACUCUCCAUUUCUUCCACACUUGAUUCCCCAGAUAGGUACGAGAUAAAAAUUCAAGAUUAUCAUCAUGAGAGGACCGAGGAUGUGCAUAUUGACUCUCUUGAUCAGACAAUUUCCCACAAUGAACUCCCAAACGAUGGAACUGUGGGGACCCCAGAUUUCACGCCAAUAAAAGACAUAACCGUUGAGCAUGCAGAUGUUGAAUCUCCAAGAAGCCAUGUAACUUUUCUUGAAUCCCAAGGUACAACUCCUAGUAAAGAGGCAUCUUCAGUAAAACCGAAGGUGAGAAGUAGUGAAAAAAAUGGACCAAACAGCAACAAGCGUCAUAACAUUUCAUCUUCAAACCCUAAGAAAGAUACUGCAGUGACUAAAACUAGUUUGCACCAAUUAUUACCCAAUAAGGAUAAGGAUCAUAAAGGUGGGAAAAGAAGAAGAUCGUUUGGUUCUGCAAAAAGUGAACAAAAUGUGGAUCAGCAGGAACCUAGGGAUAGCAAUGCCAGCAGUUCCCUUCCGAGUUACAUGCAAGCUACAGAAUCAGCAAAAGCAAAGGCCAUAUUAAGCAUCUCUCCAAGAUCAAGUCCAGAUGCACAUAACAAGGAAACUUAUAGCAUUAAAAAGAGACAUUCUCUACCUAAUUCAAAUGGACGACAGGGAUCACCUCAUAUUCAGCGAUCUUUGUCUCAAGCACAACAGAAUGCAAAAGGAAACCCAACUCAUUCUCCUCAAGAGAGAAGGUGGCAGAGGUGAGGUCUUUAGAAAAAGCAAGUUGCAGGAUGAUGCAUUGGUUAUCUGUGUUAUAUGCUGGAUGAGUAACCAUCUGACUAGAGACCAUCAUCUGUUCAUGGGAGACUGAUGUAGAAAGACCCGAGUUUUUCAUGUAAAUUGACACAUUGUGCUCUUUGUAAUGAUUUUGUUUUGUGAAUUUUUUUGGUAAUAUAACAGAAAGUUUGAUUCAAUGAUAUAUUUUCUGUAAUAUUGUUUCAGUGCUUUGCCUAGUGUAUUCAUUUUGCUUGAGGAGUGUGGGAUGCUUAUUCUGUUAAUCAAACAGAAAUAUGUAAAACUCUGUUUAUUUUAUGGAUUACAAUAAAUUAAAAUCCAU